AUGAAAGUAGCAAGACCAAGAGUCCAUCAAUUGUGUACCAAAGCACACAAGCCGUUAUUCUAUUUAUUACGGGCCCAGCAAUCCCGCCAAUUCACCUUCUUUAGCUCAGGCAGCAAAAGUCGAUUGCUGGAUCGCCGUCUUGCGGGACUUGGCCACCUCAUUGAAGACGAAUAUGCUAAUAUCCGGGACUCAUACUUGAAACCAAAGCAUCCUAUAGUAUUAGCCCACGGCCUUCUCGGAUUUGACGAACUUCGAAUCGCAAAACGAGCCUUACCAGCAAUACAUUAUUGGAGGGGGAUCAAGGAUGCCUACUCUAUUAACGGUGUGGAGGUCAUUACCGCCCCUGUUUCUCCGUCCGCUUCCAUUAAACAGCGUGCACGGGAGCUGUUACGGGGAAUUGAAAGCCGGGCGCAAGGCAGAAAGGUUAACAUUAUUGCGGGUAUGAUGUCAACGACAGGCUUUUACAACAUACUGUCCAAGUACAUGAUCAGUAAACUACUACCAACGACGUUCGAAGUCGUUUCGUUGACAACCAUAGCCACUCCCCAUCGAGACAACAGCUUACUGGUAAUAGAGGAGCGCAUUUCCCAGGCUUAUUUUUUACUUGGCUGCCUUGGGCUGGAAAAUGGAGCAUUCAAGCAACUCACCCGGAAAUAUCUCGCCCAAACAUUCAACCCUGACGUUGUGAAUGUGGAUAAUGUCAAGUAUUAUUCGUAUGGAGCCGCACUCUCCCCCGACACCUGGUCGGUAUUUAGCCAAUCACGGAGAAUAUUAGACAACGAAGAAGGCCCCAAUGAUGGCCUCGUGAGCGUCACAAGUAGCAAAUGGGGGUGCUACAAGGGUACGCUGGUUGGGGUCAGUCACAUUGACUUGAUCAACUGGACAAAUCGCCUCAAAUGGUUUGCUGCAGAGUUGACCGGUAAUAAAAAGAAGUUUAAUGCUGUGGCAUUUUACCUUGAUAUUGCGGACAUGCUCGCAAAAGAAGGGCUAUAAUGCGUUGCUAG